UUCAUUCAUUAUCCAUUAUGGGCUUGGCUCCCGUUUCCUUGGCCGUCGCGGGGCUUGCGCGGGGAGGGGUGAUCAAGCCUCGCAUUUCCCAUUCAUUCGGCUCUCCAUCGUCCAACCUUGCUGCCCCUCACCUACCCUCCCCUCUUGGCGACCGCAGCCCGCGUCUCUUCUACCCUCUUCUUUGCUUCCCCGACUGCGUCUCACCCCUACAUUCCCACAACUGGCGCCCCUAAAGCUUUGUAUUCCACAGCCCCUACCCGCGGGUCACAGACAUCAUGAGCCUGCCCCCCCCCCUAGACAGUCGCCACCAUGUUCAUGGCAUACCUCCCUCCGUCGGUUUACUCACCAACGCGCGGACCACAGGGCAAAGUCGCCGAGCUGCGCUACGAGCUGAAUAGCGGCGGCAAGAAGGACAAGCACUUCACCGCGAAGAAGAUUGCCCUCAAGAAGAUUGUCGCCAACAUGACUAUGAGCAACAACGACAUGGUUGCUCUCUUCCCAGACAUUGUCGGCUGCAUGAACAUACCCAACCUCGAGAUCAAGAAGAUGUGCUUCCUCUACCUUGUCAACUACGCAAGGAUGCGCCCCGAGGUCGCGGUCAAAGCGAUCCCGGUUCUGGAACAUGACAUGGAGGACCCCAACCCCCUUGUGCGAGCGCUUGCGCUACGCACAAUGUCCUACAUUCAUGUUCGAGAGUUUGUCGAGGCCACCGUGCCAAUCGUCAGACACCUCAUCCGCGAUCCGGACCCGUACGUGCGUAAGACGGCAGCGUACUGCGUGGCCAAGCUGUACGACCACGACAGGCACAUGGUGGAGAAGUCGGACCUCAUCGACCGGUUGAACGGCCUGCUGCGCGACGACAACCCGACCGUGGUCGCGAGUGCCCUGGCUAGCUUGAUGGACAUCUGGGAGAGGAGUGACGCCAUCAAGCUCACCAUCGACUACAGCAAUGCCUCCAAAAUGGUGGCCAUCUUGCCGGACUGCUCAGAAUGGGGCCAGACAUACAUCCUAGAGGCCCUCAUGUGCUACGUACCGCAAGAGUCGGGAGAAGCCUCGCUGCUGGCCGAGCGCAUCGCCCCGCGGCUCUCGCACUCCAAUUCGUCUGUCGUCCUCACGUGCAUACGCGUGAUCCUCUACCUGAUGAACUACAUUGCCGAUCAGAAACAGAUCACCGCUCUGUGCCGGAAGCUCUCGCCACCGCUGGUGACGCUGCUGGCCAAGGGGCCCGAGGUGCAGUAUCUGGCCCUCCGGAACGCCUUGCUCAUCCUUCAGCGGCGGCCCGAGGUGCUCCGGAACGACAUCCGGGUCUUCUUCUGCAAGUACAACGAUCCCAUCUACGUCAAGGUUACAAAGCUCGAGCUCAUCUUCAUGCUCGCCAACGAGAAGAACAUUGACGAAGUCUUGACCGAACUCCGCGAGUAUGCCACCGAGAUCGACGUCCACUUUGUCCGGAAAGCCGUCCGCGCCAUCGGCAAGCUGGCGAUCAAAAUUGAGCCCGCCGCCAGGCGGUGCAUCAACCUCCUCCUCGAGCUUGUCGCCACAAAGGUCACAUACAUCGUGCAGGAGGCGACGGUAGUGAUCCGCAAUAUCUUCCGCAAGUACCCCAACCAGUACGAGAGCAUCAUCGGCACGCUCUGCGAGCACCUCGACUCGCUCGACGAGCCCGAAGCAAAGGCGGCCAUGGUCUGGGUCAUCGGCCAGUACGCGAGCCGCAUCGAGAACUCGGACGUCCUUCUCGAGGACUUCCUCUUCUCCUUCGCCGAGGAGCCCGUCGAGGUCCAGCUCGCCCUGCUGACCGCCACCGUCAAGCUCUUCAUCCAGCGCCCCACAAAGGGCCAGGAGCUCGUUCCCAAGGUCCUGAAGUGGGCCACCGAGGAGACCGACAACCCGGACCUCCGCGACCGCGCCUACAUGUACUGGCGCCUGCUCUCCACCGACAUGGAGGCGGCCAAGCGCAUCGUCAUGGGCGAGAAGCCAGCCAUCACGGCCGAGUCGGAGCGCCUCGACCCGGCCACGCUCGAGGAGAUGUGCCUCAACGUCGGCACGCUCGCCACCGUCUACCUCAAGCCCGUCCAGACCGUCUUCCGCAACGCCCGCCCCCGCCGCCUGCAGGACUCGCCCGCGCUGCAGCGCGAGGAUCUCGCCCUCCCCAUCGGCCUCCGCUCCGACGCCAACAAGAGCCUCAGCCAGCUGGGCAUGGGCGGGCAGCCGGCCGUGUUUGACCCGCGCACCGAUAGAAACUACAACCCGCAGAUGCAACAACAACACCAGCAGCAGCAGCAGCAACAACAACAACAACAGCAACAGCAACAGCAACAGCAACAACAGCAGCAGCAAAACGGGGACGGAAGCGCCAAUCUCGCACAGGCGGUGAGUGACGCCGACGCGUACUUUGCCUCGCAGACGCGCUGGAUGCAGAUCCAUGAGCAGGGCGACAGCUUCGGCGGGAACGGCGGCGAGGCGGCCGGGUACGUCGUGAACCAGUACGCGCCGCAGACCGUCUAUCAGCCAGCGCAAGCGGUGGCGAACAACGGGGAUUUGUUGCUGUAAGAGGUUGACUGCCUGUCUGUCUGUUAAUGGUAAGGGAAGUAAUGUUUUUUGUAAUCGAGCUGGCUUGCCUGGGGCAUGUGGAGAGGAAUCAUUGUGUAAGAUAUACUUGCGGGGCUGUGGCGGUGCCAGGGAUAGUAGGAGUGCCAUCCCUCGAUCUCGCAUAUCCGGCCGCAGACACUCGCGAUGUUGGCUAUCAAAAAGGUCGGUAUAGGUAUGCUUGGUUUACAUUUAGGGCAUGACGCACUCACCCUGCAUGUAAGAUGGUACUCUGCAGGAACAUAAAGCAGGGACGUUAAACUCCAUGUGUUAUUGCCAGCCCAUCAUUUCAAUUCGCCAUUAAUUAGUCUCCAUUGCCUUAAACUCUCGACCUGCCCCUGCAUUCAUAAUGUCAUAAUAAGCGGGAU